UACAUUAGAAAUAAAUUCGAAGAAAUAUUUCGCUUACCUGUCGCACAUGUUCACUGUGUGAAGAACGAACGCAAAAUGGAUUUGUGUGUCCUGUAUGGGCGAAACGAAUUCACACAGAUCGAACGCACAUGUGGUCGUGUAUGGGCCCUAUUAAACUUCGACUUAUCGAGGUUUCACUUCACUUUAAGUUACCAAGCAACAAAGUGAACCGUUUCUUUGGUUUCAAAUAAAUUUAUUGACUUAACCCAACAACUUCUCCGAAACGAUAAAUUUCGAUUGCUUUGGCAACAAAUUAGUUGAAAGUAUUCAAAUCAAGCUUUCAAAGAGUCAGUCUGUGUCAACGGUUUAUAUUUUGUAGAAAAUUUUUGAUACUUGCAAAGCAAGCAAACAUUUGCUUUUUAUCUUAAUCCAUUAUAUUUUAACUGAAGAAGUAUACUUUUUGAACCGAAAUAAAAAAAUCAGCAGAUUAUGUCGCUUGUCUAUAUAACGCGUCACUAUGAGAAUAUCAAAAACAUCGAAAGCACCGCCGAAUAUUAUCAAUUCAUGAAGGGCAACUCUACGAUAAAACCUAGACGGUCUUGUAGAAAGAAGGACAAGUCCGGAGCUGUUAUAAAAUUGUCAGAUGGUAAGAGGUUAUUGACCGAUUCUAAGAAGAGUGAGCACAAAACAAUGGGCUACAGUGCGACACCGCUACGGGAACCGUGCGAAUUCCUGCGCAAAAAUGGUGGCGUCAAGUGGCAAAGAAAACGCGAUCACACUUGUCCUAAACGAGAUGAACCUGUACUACCGGUGCCACGCUUGGAAGAUCUGAAGAAAGAGAAACGAGACAAGGAGAAGAAAAAAGUAAAUUUUAUUAAGAAGAACGCGCAGUGCAUUAAAAAUGCGCCAGCCAAAUGGCAUUCACCGAAGUAUAUUGACUUCCAUACAGGCACGCCACGUAAAUUGCUAAACUCCGGACUAGUUCCACAAUAUGUUUGUUCGGAAGCAUAUGGCAAAGUGCCUUGUUACUUGCGUUUGUAUAAAAAGCUAGUGACGGAUAAACCCGAAGUAUGUAAGAUUGAACAAGUGCAACUAGCAGAGCGUUGCAAGUUCAAGGAUGCCAGUAUUCGUCAGUUACCAUUGGAGGAGAGGGAUAACAUUUUAAAGGGUCUUAAGCAGCAUUUUAAUAAUGUCUUCAAAGCUUACCAAGCGGGUUCUUUGUUAAUUGACACAAUUUCAAAGCGUUUAAGGAAAUCGAAUUUGGAAAAGGAAUUACGUCAAUUGGAACACGACAUUUUUCUUCUAGAGUCUAAUCCAAUCAUAUAUGUAUCUGAAUAUUAAUCGUCAAUAAAAUGGCCCCAACUGUCCAAUUUCUGCAAAAGCUAAUGUAUUAAUAUUGAAAGAAUUCGUCUAAGGUUAGCGACAUUUCUUACAAACACACAAAAAACUGCCAAAUUAUUUUGGCGUGCCCGUCUGUCUGUCUGUAUUACGCGCGAGUUAAGGAACGUAUUCCUUAUAAUAGUAACAAACAACAAAACAACCUAUUGUUUCCGAAAACUGAAUGCAGCAAAACAACCUUAAGUUGUAACAAUUGAAAUGCACUAUCACUACAACAAACAAUCCUAAACAAAGAAGUAUCAAAACAACUUGAGUUUGAAUACCACAACAACCUUAUCUUAAAACAAAGAAAAUGUAUCUAAGCAAACAAUAUGUAAACGAACCUAAACAACUAAUAUAAUCUGUAAACAAACAAUACUAACUAGUAAUAAGUAAACAUACUAGUUAGUAUAAAUAGAAGUUAAAACCAUGUAAUAACUUAGUCUUAAGAGUAUAAAUAAAGAGUACACAUUUCGGUGCAGCU